AUGUAUGACAAUAACAAGAAGAUUAAGAGAAUAUUAGAGAUUGUCAAUAUUCUUUUGAGAAGAGCUGAGAAAAGAAGAAAAGCAAUAAUCGAUGAAAUAAGGGCUGUGGAUGAAUAUCUGAAGGAGUUGGAACAGAGGAAAAAGAGACUUACCCGCCAUGAUUAG